AUGGAGAGGGAAGUUUCUGAUUCUACGGCCGAAGAAUCGAGCGGCGCCGCCGCGGAGGAGCACCAGGACGGGGCGGGGAUGGAGAAUGCAUCCGGAGAUCAGUCGGUAGACUCAGACUUGGUUGAGAAAAUUAUCCACGUAGUGGUUGUGGACUGCAAUACCGAGACCAAAUCUGGCGGCGAGAGAGGUGCGGAUGCUCCUGAGAUGCGGAAUGACGGUUCCGAUAAUGCGUCCGGAGAAUCACCCCACGCCGACGUGGAAACGUCGGGGAGAGAGGUCGAAGGUCCGCCGCUUGAGAAAAUCAUCGACGUGGUGGUUGUCGACUGCACGAACAAGUUAGAGUCUGCUAGGGAUUCAAGUGCUUGCGAAGAGUGCAGGGUAUGCCGAGACGAAAACGACGAAGCCUUGAUCGAUCUCGGAUGUGACUGCCGAGGCGCACUCGCGAAGGCACACCUCUCGUGCAUAACCAGGUGGUUCCAAACUCGUGGCUCGAACAAAUGCGAAGUGUGCAGACGAGUAGCUACAAAUGUAUCUCCUCACGAUUCGCAUUACUGGAUUUGGAGAGUGGAUCCAGCGCAUAGAGACGAAGAAUACUACCAAAGGAACUCCUGUAGAUUCGUUUCCGCGUCGCUCGUCAUUCUCAUGUUCGCACUUGCGCUGGACAUCCUGAUUUCCACUACCUUCGGCUUGUCUGCGAUUCCUACCAACAUAAUAUUCGGGGCGAUGAUUUUCGUUGGACUGAUAGGAUCGGUUCGAAUAGCGGUGGAGUACUUGGGAGGAUGGAAUGGAAGAAGAGGAGCGCAGCUGCAGCCAUUGGAAGCGAACCACUUCGGCCCCGCCUACCUUCCCCCUUUAUAGUAUUUCGUACGUACGGUACGAACACACACUACGACUCAGUUAAAAGAUUUGAAAAAAAAUAAAGGCACCUUUAGGUUAUGGUGAUUGCUGAUGCAGGGGAGGCUUUGGAUCGUUCAAAAUUUGUAAAAGUGCUAGUAGUAUUAAUUUAGUUGUAAUGAGUCUGACUGAGCUGGAUCAUAAAAUAGCAAUUUUCAUUUUUCAAUGUGAUAUUUCGUAAGUAA